AUGGGUAUGCCCUUCAUUCCGUUGCGAACUUCUACGAUGGCGUGGCUCAAGUCAAGCGGGACCGUCGGCCGCAGUGGCACUCGCAGCCCAAACUAUUCGUGGCGCGACGGCCGCCGCGCCGGCCCCCUUCGAGGUGUGGGGAUGCAGGUGCCGCCUGGUAUGGCAGCGCCCACAAGGUAUUCACACCUUGCCCCUUCGCCCCUGAUGGACAACGAUAGCCCACAACGGCGCCGCCAGUGCAGGCUCGCGCGGUGGCUCACCGGCAUUUCGACGGCCGCGCUCUUUCUCGUGGCAGUAGCAGUGUACGCUGGUCACGUUCAAGUCGGUCACGCGUGGGGGCUCACGUCACUUCGCACGAACCUCGGAAAACAACAAAACCUCAGCGUUGUGCUGUACGUCACGACGCACGCAUCUGAUCAGCACAUGAGUUUCUUAGAGUGUUUGCCGCCGGUGCUAGCGGCUUCUCCGAGACUUUCGAAGGCGGACGUUAUCCUGUACGUCGGACGUGAGAAUAUCACCGACGACAUGAAACGCAACAUCACCGUGCUACUGGAUAAGUGGCCCAUGAGAAAUAAGAUCGUCCACUUCGGCGGCAAUCCAGGGAAACAGGAGGGAGCAAAGUUUGCGGCCCACGUGGGAUUUUCCAGCGGAUGGUUUCGAGGGUACGAUUGGGUUAUCCGGGUCAACCCUGACGUUGUGAUCUACGACGAUAAGCUGGUCUGGUCGCUCAUGGAGACGGCAGAUGACUGGGGCGUCUUCGUCUCUUGCAAGGAGCACUGCAAGGACCAUUCUGGCUGCGCCCCAGCGAGGACGCACACGGACUUCUUUGCCGUCCGGCCGUCCCGCGUGCCACGGGACGCCUUUGCCGACUGGCAGACGUCCUCGCGUAAAGCAGAGCUCCAGGCGACCGUGGCGUUCAGAGAUAUCUACGCGGCAAAGGCCGACGUGUACCUCCCGUGGUACACGAUGCACGGGGGCUGCCGCGUGCAAGGGGGCGGCGUCUGGCACAGCACCCUCUUCUGCCCCGACCUGCUGGCGCGUUCCCCGUGGCAGUGCUAG